UAGCAACCCAACCCAAACCCUAGCAGCAACCCAAUCCCCUCUCUCUCCCCGAGAACACACCCGCCGCCGCCUGUCUCUCCCCGAUCCAGAUCUCUCCGUCGCCGCCCAAACCCAAUCACCAACCCCGAGCCGCUCUCCUGAGUGUGUCGAGCCGCCGCAACCGCUGCUGCAUGCCGCUCUCCUGAGUGCAUCGAGCCGCCGUCGCGCCCCUGCUUUUUCCAUCUGCAUCACCCGCAUCACCCAAGCCCUCCUCCAAAUAUCUCGUCCUCCCUCUCAAUCUCCUCCUCCCUCUCAAUCUCAGCAUCCCACCCAUGGCGCUCCGCGCGCUGGACAACGCGUUGCCGGCCGCCGUGGCGGACCAGCGCCCCAAGAAGGCCGCCAAGCUGCUUUCCACGGCGCCUACCGUCGCCGUCGCCCGCUCCCCCACCGGGAGUGGAGCCGACCGUGGAGUACGUCUGGUCCGUGGACCUGCUGCCCGUCCCCGGCCCCAAAGCCCGGGCCGCCGGCCUCGUCGUCGGGCUCGACUCCAGGGACUGGGUCAUGGUCUGCGAGGCCCUCAACGACGCGCGCCGCCUCGCCAUCCACCACCCCGCCCUGCUCGCCCCCAUCCUGGAGAAGGUGGUGCUGGGGAUCUUGAAGACGGUGAAGAUACCGCGCAGCGCCGUGCUCAAGACCUCCGUGAUGGCGUGCACGAACGUCUUCGCGGCCUUUGGCAACCUCUCCUUGAGCAGCAGCUGUAGCAGCAGGUUGUCCAAGCCGAUGCGUGCCAUGGGCACUUCCAUGCCGCCCCUGCCCCUGCUGAGGAAGCUCCAAAAUAUGAAUAAACAAAAAGAUUCCUCUGCAUUAGUGAUGAAUUAUCCUUUCGUUCUAAUCAUGCACAAGUAUGCAGCAUCUGUCCAUGAGUAUAGUUGGAUCAUGGAAGGAAGCAGUGCGUCGUUGAUGAUUGAGUGGAGGGUGCAUUGUUCGUUUUUGCACUUGCAUGCAUGGCUCCAAAAUAUCUGAACUGGGUCCAAACCAAACCAUGCAUCAGGUCUAGAGCUUUUAUAACGGGCGAGAGUUGGAGUUCAUAUAUAUUUCUCCAAAAAUUAUACUCUCACUGUGUAGAAUCUUUUGGGCCUGAAUCAUUGGUUGAGUUUAGGUCAAAAGCAUCUGUAUGCCAAUAGUUUUGAUGUUGUUUUGUGCUAUAUACUUCAGGGAACAGUUAACUCAUUAAUUAAGAUGCCGAGGUACUAUCAACCAGACCUGUUCACACACAUACUUCAGUAACCAGCUCCAUCAAUCAUCUGAUCAGCUAUGUAAACUAAUCACUAAACCUGGAAAUUAUGCGCUUUGAUAGAACACGGAAACUAAUCAAAUGCAGAAGAGUUGUUCCAGUUUGAAGAAGUUUACUUUUGUCAAAUUGUUAGUUUCAUUUUUCUCAGGUACUAUUGAGUUCUGUUUGAAAUGUUGCAACUUCAGAAUUCUGGGAACUUUCCAUGAAGUUUGCAUCAGUUUAGUGGGUUCACCUAUAUUAUGUUGUUGGAAGCUAGUUCAUGGUGAACUGAUUUAACUCUCUACUGGAAUAUAAGUGUUUUUUUGCGGGAGGUAUAUAGUGUAUUAGAUGAUGUAAAUUUGUUUAGGUUCAGACCUAUGCUUCCUCCAUUGUUUUGUAGAGUUGGCUAAUUUUAGAUGUUGCAUAAUAACCUUUAAGGCUGUAACCAAUUUUAGAUGCUGCAAAAUAAUCUUUGUACUGCAUAAUAAAAAAUUGUAGUACCGAAGAUGAAUGGUCGAUUAGUUUUAGCUUCAAGCCAUUUUAGUAUAUUCUUUGUACAUGUGGCCUGUGGCUAUAACUAGUUUGCUGUAGUUCAUCCGUGAUGUCCAGUAGCUAUGAGAUCCAAGGGAUGCCGACCAUUCGAGCCACGUAACUUAUUCAGCUUUCACUCUACAAUCUUGCUAAUUUAAAGUCAGUGGGGGGCUUUCCCCCAUUGUCCAUAGUUCCUAAAAAAGACUUAUUCAACUUUGGUCAUCCUCAUUUGCUAUGCUAGGUAUAAUGUAAACUCUCUUCUAAAUUUGAUUUGUUCCAGUUUGACUUUCCUAAGUUUCUUUUCUUGUUAGCAGAGCUUACACUAUCGUUCUAUAGGCGUCGCCGGAUUCGAGGGUGGAGCCCGAGCCUCCACUGGAGCAUGGAUCAGCCGUACAGGAAGUGGAGCUCCGCAUGGAUCACGACUUGGUUGUCGUGGGGGCCUGGACCAUCAAGCUCGCGGGCGAGAUGGACGGCCUCGGCAACGGAGGCGCGCGUGAGAUCCCGGGGUUGACCAAUCCACGGGGCGCCAGAUCUUCCCUCGGGGUCGCCUGAUGUAGCCAUACUGUCGCAGGAUCUCCUCCCCCCCCCCCUCUCUCUCUGUGUGUUUUUCUGUCAAUAGCUAGUAGCAUAAGUUGGAGCUGGUUGUACCAGGAACUUAAUCUGCAUUUAUUCAACUAGAUCAAGUACAAGUACAUUAGUUCGUAAUCUGCUAUUAAUACAUCUCCUAUUCAUAAA